AUGAAGCGGGGAGCGGCAAUCGCGGUCGGCCAGGUUGACGUCUAUGCCGGGAUGUUCGAGCAGAGCCUGGACGGUAGGCAAGCUGCCAGCAGAGGCGGCGAGCUGCAAAGGGGUCUUGCCUUUGGGAUCUUGGGCGUUGGGAUCAAUGUUGGGAUGGCUCAGCAGUGCUUCAAGCGCCUCCGGGUCCGCCCGGGAGACGGCGAUGUAAAGGGCUGUGGCGCCAUUGGCGUUGUGAACGUUUACAUUGCCUUAUGGAUGGCCUUUGUCUUUGUCAACCGCCAGGGAGCUAUGGUGCCGGAGGAAAUCAAGGAAGCGCUUAACGGACUAACAAAGGCGACGAACAAAAUUGACGUUUCGCUGGUCUGCAUCAUUGUGACCUGCACCGCCAUCAUAUUCGCGUGUACCUGGACUAUCCAGCACCUCAACGUGCCCCUUGCCCAUGAUGGGGAGCUGCGCAGGUGCCUUCGGGUCUCUAAAUGGAUGCUCGUCACCAUCCUACUUCCCGAACUCAUCCUGGCCCACGCCAUCCUCGAAUUGGCCAUGGCAGUCCGAUGCAUGGACCUGAUGCAGGCCGCUCUCCGCGAUGACCGCAGACAGGGCGAGAUAGAUGUCAAGUAUCCGUCCUGGCUGACCGACCUCCGAAACUGGUCAACCCGCUGCCGGACCAUGUGCGCCACACCGGGACUGACAUCGCUGCACGACGGUCCUGGCGACGAGGAGAAGCAGAGCCAACCUUUGGAGAGCUCGUCGCGGCAAACCACACAAAUAUCCAACCUCGUCCUCUCCCUCAGUGUCCGCCGCAUCCAGGGCUUACCCAUCUCCCAACUCGAAGUCCUGAUACUUGCCUUUUCCGUCUGCGGCGUUGCUACUUAUGCCGUUUACUGGUACAAGCCCAAGGACGUUUCUGUUGCGCUCGCUUUCCAAACCCUCAAAUCCUUCGACAGCUUCUUGAGAGUGCUGAUAUACGACCUGGGCCAAAAGGAUUACAGCGAGCAUCGUGUCCCCAACGAUAACAUCCCCGCCCACGACAUGGGCUUCACACACGAAGAAGCAAUUGUUUGGCACGUUUGCACCAUUCUGACCAUCCUGAUCCCGCCGCUCGGCUUGCUGGGCAUUCCGCUGUCCCAGGCCACAUGGCGUCAUGGUAACCCGCGAGACUUUCUAUACGCCACGGCACAAGUCUUGCGCAAACUUUCCUGCCGGCUCAAGGAGGCAGACGAGAAACGCGAGGUUGCAAUAGCCCGACGAGCGCUGGGAGGCGGGUACCACUGGAGUGUCGACACCGAAAACCGCUAUGCCAGAGGGCUCUACAGGGACUUGCUCUGGCCGGAUAACAGUGCCUUCAAGUACGGACCGGCUCUCCGGCAGAAGAUGCUCGACUUCAUCGACAAGAAGGAGCCCUUCCAGCACCGACCCGAUCUUGACUGCCACGGGACUACGCGUUGCAUCUACGCCAGCUCUUUCUCCUCGUGGAUGGGCAGGGGCCCAAGAAGAUGCCUUCCGACCGCCUUCAAAUCUGCGUUUCUCUACGUGGCCAUGGGCUCGUAUUGCGCAGCUAGGCCCCUUCUGGUUGCGGUUGGCCUGUCCAGUCUGCGUGCCAUGCCACAAGGCGUUUACAAUGCAACCUGGGCUGACUACAUGCCCGCUAUCUAA